AUGCGGGCGAUGCUGGAGCUGCAUCUGGGCACGCCAGGAGCAGUAGGAGCGGUAGAAAGAGCAGCAGUAGUAAGAGCAGCAGUAACAGCAAGCGAGAGCUCCGCGGCUGCUGCAGUGACGGCUGCUCCAGGGGCGGCUGCUGUAGUGGCGGCUGCUCCAGGGGCGGCUGCUCCAGGGGCGGCUGCUGCAGUGGCGGCUGCUCCAGGGGCGGCUGCUGCAGUGGCGGCUGCUCUAGGGGCGGCUGCUGCAGUGGCGGCUGCUCCAGGGGUGGCUGCUGCAGUGGCGGCUGCUCCAGGGGCGGCUGCUGCAGUGGCGGCUGCUCCAGGGGCGGCUGCUGCAGUGGCGGCUGCUCCAGGGGCGGCUGCUGCAGUGGCGGCUGCUCUAGGGGCGGCUGCUGCAGUGGCGGCUGCUCCAGGGGCGGCUGCUGCAGUGGCGGCUGCUCCAGGGGCGGCUGCUGCAGUGGCGGCUGCUCCAGGGGCGGCUGCUGCAGUGGCGGCUACUCCAGGGGCGGCUGCUGCAGUGGCGGCUGCUCGAGGGGCGGGUGCUGCAGUGGCGGCUGCUCCAGGGGCGGCUGCUGCAGUGGCGGCUGCUCCAGGGGCGGCUGUUGCAGUGGCGGUUGCUCCAAGGGCGGCUGCUGCAAUGGCGGCUGCUCUAGGGGCGACUGCUUCUGCUGGGCGGCUCGGCUGCCCGCUAGGGGCGGCAACAAGGCCGGGUAGGGGCGGCGACGGGGCCGCGUAG